CGCAACACACACACAGCCGGUAAAACAGUUAAUAACGGUCCGCCUGAGGCUGAGGCGGUAACGAAGCGGGUUCGUGCCCAAGGGGCGGCCCCUCGUGCCCUGUGUGGCUGUCGCGCGCGCGCUCGCGCUACGCUUUGCAAAUUCAAAUUGCACAGAAGAAACUAACUUAAGCCGCUUCCUUCGGCGGAAAAGGUGCCGUUGUCGCGCAGACAGUCAUUCAGCUGUUACUUGUUCCGUGAGAAAGUUGCUGUGUGUGUCAGACUGAGGACAUGGUGGUGACAGUGAGCGCUGCAGCUGCUGGCGAACGCAUCGCAUGUCAUGACAUAUGUGCUCCUUCACGGAACACUGCUGGUGUAUCGACGUAUGUGGGCAAAGUAAGGGGAGAAGUAAGUACGUGAAGGUGUGACGUUUUGUCCUCUCGUGCCGUGCCAACUUUUUUUUUUUUAUUAUUUUUUUUUUAUUAAGCAGAGAGAUACUUUACGGAAAUGGUCCAUAAAGGUCACAGACGUCCGCUGUGUUUGUACACUGUUUUGUACCUCAGAGCCGCUCAGCAUUUGUGACUCGUUCCUGAUACUAUUGCAAGCGCGCGCACACACUGGGCCAACUGAUGACGCGUGCGUGCGUCCGUGCGAAUGAAUGUAUGUGCCAGCGGGUAGUGGUCCACCCAUGAUCACCCUCGUGGAAUCCCAACUCCUGCCGCGUUACCCUUGAUCAAGGUGAAAACGGCUAGGAGAUUCGAAACUCAUAGUGCUACAAUUUUAAGAUGGGAGAGAAGAAGCCAGAGCCAUUGGAUUUUGUGAAGGACUUCCAGGAGUACCUCACCCAGCAAACACAGCACGUGAACAUGAUCUCGGGCUCUGUGGGCGGAGAGAAGGAACCAGAAGUUCUUCAAGGAGGUCUGCAGGCAAACCCAGUUGGAAUACAGUCAGAGGAUGGAGAUGGAGAUGAUAGUGCCAGUAUAGAGUACAGACAUGUGUUCUGUUUACCGGCAGCCGGUACAGAGAACGACCAGAACGGCCUGGACCACCCCUCCGUGGAGGUGUCCUUGGAGGACAGCUCUGGCAUGCUGGUGGACGGCUUCGAGAGGACGUACGAUGGCAAGCUCAAAUGCCGCUACUGCAACUACGCCAGCAAAGGCACAGCACGCCUCAUCGAACACAUCCGAAUCCAUACAGGAGAAAAGCCCCAUCGGUGCCACCUGUGCCCCUUUGCCUCAGCAUAUGAGCGCCACCUGGAGGCUCACAUGCGCUCACACACAGGCGAGAAGCCAUACAAGUGUGAGCUCUGCUCCUUCCGCUGCAGCGACCGCAGCAACCUGUCACACCACCGCCGGCGACGCCACAAGCUGCUGCCCAUGAAAGGUGCUCGGCCUGGUCUCUCCAACAAGAAAAUGCUCAGUGUCCUGCAGAAGAAGUCCGGCGCCCUAGGCUACAGCCGCCGGCUCCUCAUCAACUUCAGCCCACCCUCCAUGGUGGUGCAGAAGCCGGACUACCUGAACGACUUCUCCCACGAGCUGCCCCACCUGCACUCGGAGUCCUAUGACGGCCUGGGCAAGGUGCAUGGUGGCGGACCCCGCGACACCCAUGACAUGAUGGCAGACAAUCCGCUGAACCAGCUCUCCACGCUCGCAGGGCAGCUGGCCAGCCUGCCACCGGAGGCCCAGGCUCCCGUGUCACCCGACGACAUGUCCUGUCGGGACGAGAAGCCCUUCCUCAUCCAGCAGCCCAACGCUGGCGCUGCCCCGGUGGCCGUGCCAGCCGGCACGACUGGCACAUCGGUGUCGGCUGCUGCAGCCCAGGCCUCUUCCCCCACCACACCGGAACCACGGUCAGCACCGCCACAUCGGAACUACAGCCCUGUAGCGGGACCCAGCAGCGAGCACAGUGCCCGCACCAGCACUCCCAGUGUCAGCAACAGCCAACCCAGUACACCGGCGCCCGCCCUGCCAGCGCAGGACCCCCAGCUGCUGCACAGCUGCCAACACUGCGACACCUACUUUGCAGACAACAUUCUCUACACAAUCCACAUGGGUUGUCACGGCUACGAGAACCCCUUCCAGUGCAAUAUCUGUGGCUGCAAGUGCAAGAACAAGUACGAUUUUGCCUGCCACUUUGCCAGGGGGCAGCACAAGCAGUGACCACCCAGCACUCACCCCGAGUGACUGUUAGCUUGCUCACUUAAUUUAUUUUUGUAUGUUUGCAGGAUUCAGAUCAGUGUACAACACCACCCAGGCAGUGAAAACCUAUCUUCAUAUUAUCAUUUUAACCAGCUAUUUUAACAGGUUGUAUGUUGAGAGUGUAUUUUAAUUUAGCAAGUUAUUUAACAGUAUAAGAGUAUAACGUUUAAGAGAUGUGUGUGGAACCCUGUCUGAUCUCUGCAGCUCCACAGGGGGCAGCAAUGUCAAAGAAUGGGGUGACAUCUCUGAACACCUUUGCAGUGACUGUUGUCCUUAACAUUUGACUGUUAUAUUAUGCUGCCAGUAACACUUAGGGGAAAUAGACUGGUGUGUUCCCCGCCUCCAUUAGGUAGACUGAUCGAGUAGCGUGGCACUUAUCACCUGCCCAGGAGUAGCCCUGCUGUAAUGGGCGCAGUUAGCGGUAGGAGUGCAGAGAAUACACACAGCUAAAACUUCUGCCUCAUACCUGUAAAGAAUGGGCAAAACAGUUCAACACAGAUAACCCUUUUAUUUUUCUUUUUAUUAAAUGCUGGAGUAGUGUGUGUUCUUCACACUGAGCCCCUGUCUCACUGCUGCAAAGCAGGUGGAGACCAGAAAGGUAGUUUUGCAAGUGUUGCAGUCAGGGGAGUGAGUGAGUUAGACCACAAACCAGAUGGGUAAGUCUUUUUUCAUUCAAGUUUGGGACUCGAGGGUUGUGUCCUACAUGUAUCUCCACGUCUCAUUAUUAGAGGUGGUGGCUUCCAGUGAAAGCUGUAGCAAAAUCAAGUAGCACCAAUUAUUCCGAAAUUAUCUGCUGCGAUCCCUUCAAUAUAGUCAGUUCUGCUAUUAGUUAAUAGACAUGUCCCUAUAAAACAUUGCAUUAUGCAAAUUUGCAUUAUAGGUUUCAAUAAGAGAAAAGGGGUGAGGUAAAUAAAUGGUAAAUUAUAUCACAAAUAGACAGUUUGGGACACUUGGUUAUUUCAAAGCUCUUCACAGCAUCCAGAUUUGUUCUGGUGUUAGAGCUUUACUUUUACAAUCUCCAUUUGGACAAGUAGAACACUUCACACUUGUCACCUUUGCUCACAUUGUUUUACUGCAUAGGAGUAGAUCAAAAGUAAACACUAAAUGCAAAAAAAGUGUAGCGUGCAUUUCAGUUUAGGAAUGGGAUCAUGUUAUUUCAAAAUCACACUGCAGAAGCUUCACCUUGUAAAAGUGUAUUCCUUUAUUUGUUGCAUCACAUGCAAAUCAUGUAAUAAAAAGAUGUUACUGCAGAACUGACUGUACUUUCAGACUUGGUAGCCUUUCUGGGUAUCCAAGACUGAAAGGUGUGAAAAAUGAGCAUGGUAUCCUUGUUUCAGUUUUGUUAAGAUGUUUUCCUGGUAGGGUUU